AUGAUGUCCAAUCUUUCGCUGGAUUUGGUAGAGGAGAUACUCUCUAGGGUUCCGAUAAUAUCUCUAAGAGAGGCAAGGUCAACAUGCAAAGGAUGGAACGAUUUAACCAAAAAUCACAGCUUUACAGAGAAGCAAUUGUGUAAAGCAGCCAAAGGGUUUCUGAUGAUCAUGAUUUAUGAUCGUGUGAUUAAUUUAACAAGUGUUAAUCUCCAUGGAAUCCAUAACCACGAAGACUUGGUUGAUCCAUCUUCAAAGAAGAUAGGUAACUUUUUAAACCAAGUCAUGAUAAAUAAAGUCUUUCACUGUGACGGCUUAUUGUUAUGCGGCACAAGGGACUGCAAGCUUGUGGUGUGGAACCCGUAUUUGGGGCAAGUCAGGUGGAUCCAACCAAGAAAAAAAUUCGAUAUCUCAGAUUACUACUCUAUUGGAUAUGACAAGAGCAACAACAACUACAAGAUCUUCAGGUUUUGGAUUGGUUACGUAGCUAGAACUGACGAACGAAUUGUUGAUUAUCACAUCUACAAUUUUAAGUCCAAUUCAUGGAGGGUUAUUGAUGUCACUCCCGAUAGUUGGCAUAUAGAUUAUUAUCAACGCGGUAUAUCUUUGAAGGGAGAUACGUACUUUCUUUCUCGGGGAAGAUUAGAAGAGAAAAAACUUUUUUUGGUCUGUUUUGAUUUUACAAGAGAGAGAUUUGGACCGCGUCUUUAUCUACCGUUUGAUUGUGAUGUUAGAAACGAUACUCAGACUCUAUCUUCUGUUAGAGAAGAGCAGAUUUCAGUGUUACUUAUGCGUAGGGAUACAAAUGUGAUGGAAGUAUGGAUUACAGAUAAGAUCGAGCCUGAUGCAGCAUCUUGGAAGAAGUUCAUGGUAGUAAAGGAUCAACCAAUCCUGUCUCGGGUAAAAAAUGUUUCAGUUCAAAGUGGGAGUUUCUUUAUUGAUGAAGACAAGAAAGUCGUAGUGGUUUGUGUUAGAAACGGCAACAUAGCUUACUUGAUUAAAGAGAAUGGAUACUACAAAGAAAUGGUUCUCGGGGAAUCUAAUCAUCUGCCAAUUAUGUGCUCUUAUGUUCCAAGUUCGAUGCAGAUCCAGAAAGGGCCAGUAGUACGUGCAUGUGGCAAAGAGAAAGAACGAGAAUAUAUAUAA